AUGAUUGGAAAUAUGCUCAUCGCUGCCAAUCGAUAUUCGGCACUUCGCCUGAAGGAGAAAUAUGAAAUGGUUUGGAACCGAAGAAAUGUACGUAUUAUAAUAGGACUACAAUAUGGCUGUGCCUUUGCAGCUUUCACUCCACUAUUCAAAGCAGAAUACAUAUUUGUCAAAAACGGUGAUGGAACUUACAUGUAUACCAUUGAUAGACGUAGCGAUCUGAUUAACAGGGUCGCCUACGUUGCUGCAUGUCUACUUUACGCGGUUGUUAGCCUUAUUCUCAACGUCAAAUCGCUUGUCCUUUUACAAAGCUUGUUGAAAGUCAGCGAGUUCGCGAGACGUUUUCGCAAUGAGAGGGGUAUGCUGUUUUAUACAACAAUUGUGUUUUUGUUCACUUCGUUAAUGUGUUCUCAGCAAAUAUUGAAAGGUUUCGCAACCGUGACUGAAAAUGAUGCACUGCGUCUUUGGAUAAAUAUGCAGUUUUACUUGGCUGAAUGA